AUGAGUAAAUUGGACAUCUAUGCAGAUGCUGUAGCAUGGUUAGAGGGAGCUGUUUUUGAAAGUCAGAAAAUGGGUCAUGUUAAUCUUGAUGCAUUAAUAAGUGACUGUAAGAAUGCAUCCCAGUGUGUUCAGAUGCUUUUACCGAUAGAGGAGGAUUCACUUAUACGGAAUGCCCUUGAUGAAAUUUCUAUCUCACUGGAAAGUUAUCUUGAGAUUCUUCACAAGAAAAAGAGGCUGCUUGACUAUGGAUACACAUCAGACUCAGAAAUGAAUCCAGUAAAAAGUGAAAAUAAUGAUUGUAGAAGGCUAAAAAUUGCAAUUCAAAACACAAUUGUUUCCCAUGGUCUUAUUAAAUUCUGUGAUGUUGUUGGCCUUAAUGAUGCUAAGCAAGCACUGAAAGAAGCUGUUGUUACACCACUACAAUUUCCACACUUCUUUACAGGGGGUCGACAGCCAUGGAGGCGAAUACUGCUGUAUGGACCACCAGGAACAGGUAAAACAAGGCUUGCGCAGGCUGUGGCUUCAGAGAUCAACUCUGUAUUUUACAGUGUGUCCAGUUCUGAUCUAGUGUCCAGUUGGGUCGGAGAGAGUGAAAAGCUUAUCAAGGAGCUAUUCCAAAAUGCAAGAGGCCAACAGGUUCAAUCAGUAAUUUUUAUAGACGAAAUUGAUAGCAUCUGUAGGAAACGAAAUUCGCGGGAAGAAGAGUACACUCGAAGAAUUAAGACUGAGUUAUUAAAACAGAUGGAAGAGGCUGAUAACCCUGCGUCAAUGAACCAUUUCAUCUUGCUCUGUGCUACCAACUGUCCCUGGGAACUAGACUCCGCCUUCCUAAGAAGAUUCCAGAAAAGAAUUUACAUUCCAUUACCAGAUAAAGCUGCACGCAUCGCGUUAAUGAAAAUACACUUGGGAGUCACUCCUUCAUCACUCACUGCGGAAGAUUGGUACCUACUUGGUGACAGGACAGAGGGCUUCUCAGGUAGCGACUUGUCAAACUGCACCUCAGAUGCCAUGUUUGAGCCGUUACGUGAACUUGAAAACACCUCUCGCUGGAAGAUGAACAAAGAUUUGUUUUAUGUGCCGUGCUCUGAAAUUGAAGAAGACGUCAUACAUUCAUCCAUGAGGGAUCUUCCAUCUCAAAAAAUUCAACCUCGUUCUGUGAGACUUGAUGAUUUCUUGAAAGUGUUGUCGCACAAUACAAGCACAGUUGCCGAAGAAGACUUAAAAAAAUUUGAAAAGUUUACCAUAAAUCUUGGACAGAGGGGAUAA